CGACGCGUAACGCGGACGUGUGAAAAACGCCUACUCAAAAAUUUCGGUGCAGUGUAUUCAGAAAAGUUAGAAUUUCUCGUAGCCGAACUCGCACUCAACUCAACCACUGCUUUAGCCUGUUUUUGUUGAGUGACAGGUCUGGGGAAAUAUACAGAUUUUUAUUUACAAGAAGUACUACAAAAAGAGAUCACCAUGUCUUUCGCAGGACUUAAAAAGCAGUUCAAUAAGGCCAAUCAGUAUAUGAGUGAGAAGAUUGGUGGGGCAGAGAAGACAAAGCUAGAUGAAGAGUUUGUGGAGAUGGAACGGAAAGUUGAUGUCACAUGUCAUACAGUUGAUGACUUGAUGACGAAAACAGUGGAAUAUCUACAGCCUAACCCAGUUUCAAGAACAAUGACUAAGUUCAGAGGCCAGAACAAAGGAGUGAAAAGUUUACAACCUGUCGGCCUAUUAGGAGAAGUGAUGGUCAAGAAUGGUAAAGAUCUCGGAGACGACUCCUCAUUCGGUUCAGCCAUGGUAGACAUGGGAGAGUCAUUUAGACAGCUCUCCGAGGUUAAAGACGCCUUUGAUUUAAACGUCAAACAGAACUUCCUUGAUCCCAUGGAUCAUCUUAAAAACAAAGACUUAAAAGAAAUUAAUCACCAUCGUAAGAAGUUAGAAGGAAGACGGCUCGACUUUGAUUACAAGAAAAAGAAGCAAGCGAAAGGUUUAUCUGGGUUGGUCGCUGGCAGUUCAGUCCCAGAGGAAGAAAUUCAAAUGGCAGAAGAGAAAUUUGCUGAAUCCCAAGACUUGGCUGAGAAUGGGAUGAAGAAUUUACUAGAAAGUGAUGUUGAACAAGUGUUACAGCUACAGGCACUGGCAGAAGCACAGCUUGAGUUUCAUAGGCAGUCAACAGAGGUCCUGGAAAACCUUCUCUCAACACUUAAUGAUAGAGUAAAUGAAGCGGCGAAUCGACCGAAGAGUGAACGGAAACCAAGGAGUACGUAUGACUCUUACUCGAACAGGAACUCAGGAUCUGCUGAUGAAACAGAUACUUACUCCACGGGCGUUGACUACAACGCACCAGUCGUGACAUCUAAGAAAGAGCAAUGUAAAGCAUUAUACGAUUUUGAGGCUGAGAACGAGGGUGAACUGGGCUUUGCAGAGGGUGAUAUCAUCGAGGUCGUUAGUAAAAUAGAUGAGAACUGGAUAGAGGGUGAGCUGAACGGAGUGAAAGGCUACUUCCCUGCUAACUACGUAGACCUACUCUAGCUUAGCGUGUUUUGUACCAACUAAAUCAUAAUUGUCUACAGUGUAUUUAGGAUCAUGAAGCCAUGUUUGGAAAGCACUUUUCAUUGGCUACUAUCCUAGUCAUUUCACUUUUGACGGUGAGUUAAUUGACACUUGGGUUGCGUCCGACCAGCCGAAAAUUAUAAAGUCUUUAACAAUCUAGUAGCUCCAAUGAGCAAACUUGUAGAUUAGAUUCACUUCCUGUUGUACACUGGAGGAAAAAACUUGGAUGUUCUCAAUGAAAACUUAGACACUUUUUUUGUGUGUCUUUUUACACUGAGAGAAAAAUUACUGAACGACUAGACCAAAACGGACACUACUAAAGGGUAAAUCAGUAGUUGUCAAACAUGUCACCAAGUGCUUACAUGAAGCUGCUCAUCAGUUGACCCCAAAUCUAUUUAUGAGCCACGAGAUGUUUUAUAAAGUUUGAACCAUCCAAUGUGAAGCUGCCCCUCCAUCUAGCUGUCUGCUGUGUUUAUUAAUUCACACUGGACCUAUCGACCCUCUAGGCCAUGCUUGAAAGUAUGAAUAAAUUGUGUACAAAAAUGCAACAAGAAUUCUAGACAAAGAAUGAGGAAUAUUGCAAUGUCCCAACACUGUCCGAACAGUCCUCAAACAAAUAGUGCCAUCCCCUAAAAAUAAUAAUAAAACAAAAAUGGUUUAUUUUGUGUUGCUAUGCAUUUUGUAACACCUGUGAACUAUUUAUAAUCUUAGAAUUAGUUUUGCUAAUGGAAUACUAAAAAUAACAUCAAAAAAUGUCUGGAAUGUGGAAUAUGCACAUGCAAAGCCAAAAGUACCCUGUUAACCUCUGAAGUACGCUUGACGGAGGCGCGGAAUGCCCUGCUUCUUUCAGCGCCGAUUCUUUGCUUACAGUAAGCAGAGCCAUGAAAUUUUGCCCUAUUUGCUAUAAUCUGCGGCAAGUUAAUAUUCCUUUUGAUGCGCUUAUGGAGUAGAAAGUCCCGCUGAUGGGAACUCCUUAAGUGCAUGUUUUAGUAAUUUGGCCCCUGUUUUUUACAGGAAUUGUUAAUUUCAUGAAAUUGUGACCCCCUUCACUCACCAAUGGGUGAUCCUAACGGCCAGUGGUCUCAAUAUUGUUCAAUACCGUGUAUUGCAUACUCACUCCGUUAUAUAUUGCAUAUCGAGACUACAUUAUUCUUAAUAUAAGGUAAACAUUAAAUGAAGUGACAAUUUUCUAACCUUUUUCUACCUGGUAUAGGGUUUGGUUUGGGUUAACUGAUUUUAAAAUUGAAAAUAAUUGCUUAAAGAUUCAUUUCCACGGUUAUGACUCCUCAAUAUUGUCCUUUUUAAAUGUAUUUUUAAUCUCUGCUCGAAACAAUGAAUUCAAGAUGAAUAAUAAAUGUUUUAUUUUUAUUUUUUGUUGUGUUUGAAUUAGAAUUAGUGUAAAAUAUAACCUAUUUUUGUAAAGACUAUAAUAAGUUAAAUUUCUCCAUAAACAUUAGAUUUGUUGAGAAGAAUCAAUCUCUAAAUGAGUUUCUAAAUCUAUUAAUUUUCUUUAAUUUGAGGCAGGCACCUCUUUCAUUGUAAAGAGAGGUACAACAUUGGUAUACUUUGAAAUUUUCCAGGGCUUGAGUUCUCAAAGAGCUAAGAUUGAUCUCAACUGGGAAUCAAUCUAUAAAGACACUGGACACUAUUGGUAAUUGUCAA